CAACUUUUGCUUCGAGGGAUAUCUAUGAAACAUAGUCAAAGGAGAGAAACGGAGCUAACACAUCUGAAUUCUAUUGCACUAAAAGAGGUAAGCUGACACUUAAACUAUCUGAUGAAUAUAUAUUUCAUUAUGAUGAUAAUGAGGUAAAGCGUAAAACACGUAUGAUAUGACUAAAACUUGAUACAUAGUAAUGAAUGCAUGCAAUGCCAUAAGAGUAAGGAUAAGUCAAGUCUAACAAUACCACACAAUACAGUGGGGGAAAAAAGUAUUUAGUCAGCCACCAAUUGUGCAAGUUCUCCAACUUAAAAAGAUGAGAGAGGCCUGUAAUUUUCAUCAUAGGUACACGUCAACUAUGCAGACAAAUUGAGAGAGAAAAAAUCCAGAAAAUCACAUUGUAGGAUUUUUAAUGAAUUUAUUUGCAAAUUAUGGUGGAAAAUAAGUAUUUGGUCACCUACAAACAAGCAAGAUUUCUGGCUCUCACAGACCUGUAACUUCUUCUUUAAGAGGCUCCUCUGUCCUCCACUCAUUACCUGUAUUAAUGGCACCUGUUUGAACUUGUUAUCAGUACAAAAGACACCUGUCCACAACCUCAAACAGUCACACUCCAAACUCCACUAUGGCCAAGACCAAAGAGCUGUCAAAGGACACCAGAAACAAAAUUGUAGACCUGCACCAGGCUGGGAAGACUGAAUCUGCUAUAGGUAAGCAGCUUGGUUUGAAGAAAUCAACUGUGGGAGCAAUUAUUAGGAAAUGGAAGACAUACAAGACUACUGAUAAUCUCCCUCGAUCUGGGGCUCCACGCAAGAUCUCACCUUGUGGGGUCAAAAUGAUCACAAGUCCUGCAGUGCAAGACGUGUCCCCCUGCUUAAGCUAGUACAUGUCCAGGCCCGUCUGAAGUUUGGUAGAGUGCAUUUGGAUGAUCCAGAAGAGGAUUGGGAGAAUGUCAUAUGAAACCAAAAUAGAACUUUUUGGUAAAAACUCAACUCGUCGUGUUUGGAGGACAAAGAAUGCUGAGUUGCAUCCAAAGAACACCAUACCUACUGUGAAGCAUGGGGAUGGAAACAUCAUGCUUUGGGGCUGUUUUUCUGCAAAGGGACGAGGACGACUGAUCCGUGUAAAGGAAAGAAUGAAUGGGGCCAUGUAUCGUGAGAUUUUGAGUGAAAACCUCCUUCCAUCAGCAAGGGCAUUGAAGAUGAAACGUGGCUGGGUCUUUCAGCAUGACAAUGAUCCCAAACACACCGCCCGGGCAACGAAGGAGUGGCUUCGUAAGAAGCAUUUCAAGGUCCUGGAGUGGCCUAGCCAGUCUCCAGAUCUCAACCCCAUAGAAAAUCUUUGGAGGGAGUUGAAAGUCCGUGUUGCCCAGCGACAGCCCCAAAACAUCACUGCUCUAGAGGAGAUCUGCAUGGAGGAAUGGGCCAAAAUACCAGCAACAGUGUGUGAAAACCUUGUGAAGACUUACAGAAAACGUUUGACCUGUGUCAUUGCCAACAAAGGGUAUAUAACAAAGUAUUGAGAAACUUUUGUUAUUGACCAAAUACUUAUUUUCCACCAUAAUUUGCAAAUAAAUUCAUUAAAAAUCCUACAAUGUGAUUUUUCUAAUUUUGUCUGUCAUAGUUCACGUGUACCUAUGAUGAAAGUUACAGGCCUCUCUCAUCUUUUUAAGUGGGAGAACUUGCACAAUUGGUGGCUGACUAAAUACUUUUUUCCCCCACUGUACAUGUAAUGACAGGAGGUAGGAAGGACUGUACAUUUUCUCUGCUUAUGUUGAAUGUUAAAAUCACUGUGACAGUGAUCUAUUAUUCAGUUAACUUCUUUUGAACCAAGUUGCAACUGGUUAUUUUAGACAAAGAUAUCCUGUUUUUGUACAGCCCAGCCACUAACUCACCAUGCCCCCUGCGGCCAGCACUAACCUGGGGUACACCCCACCAGAUGGAGGCUGGGGCUGGGCUGUGGUCUUUGGUGCCUUCAUUUCCAUCGGGUUUUCCUAUGCCUUCCCCAAAUCUCUCACCAUCUACUUCAAGGAGAUUCAGAAGUACUUCAGUGUCUCCUACAGUGAGAUUGCAUGGGUGUCCUCAAUCAUGCUGGCUGCCAUGUACGCAGGAGGUAAGUGUAUACUGUGUGUGUAUGUCAUGGCUUAUGGGGUAUCACGAUAUGCCAAUAGGAAUGUUAUUUGUCCAACACACACUUUGGGCUAAUUUCCCAGAGAUACUCCAUUUAGCAUUCUUUUUAGUCCAAGGCUAGGUUCUAUGUCUGUUAAACUGUCCCGUUGUGUAAAUAAAGGCAACAGCCACUGAAAGGUAAUGAUAUGUGAAUAUAGUACUUUUCCUCUCGUUAUCUUUGCAGGUCCAGUGAGCAGUAUACUGGUCAACCGCUAUGGUAGCCGACCUGUGGUUAUCCUUGGUGGGCUCAUGGUUGGGGCAUCUAUGGUUGCUGCUUCCUUUGGCACUACGAUUAUACAUCUGUAUUUAUUAGUUGGAGUCAUUGGAGGUAUUUAUUUUAAUGUUCUCUUAUAAUUUUGUCAUUAUUAUGAAAAUGUAUAAAAGGUAUUCAUAAUCACCAGGUUUCUUUGUUAUGGGCGUAUAGCCACGAAAUCUCAAUCAAUGUCAGGCAUGUGUAGUGUUUGUAUAAAAGUUUCUCUCUCUAGUUCUGACUGGGUAGGGAGGAAACUGAGUGGUUGGUUUCAGAGUAGAUAUGUUAUGUACGUCAGAAGGCUGUGUCACUCAUAGGGAGGAAUAGUCUUUGAUCACUCAGGGUCAAUGCGCUAGGGAGCCUCUACACUCUCUCCCUCUUUCAGUGUGUGGUUAGAGGGGACAGUUCAAGGACAGACCUUCACUAUGGGGGCCUACCUGUGUCUGUUAGACCAUUAUAUCACAAAGGUUGCUUUGGGAUAUUCUUCCCCAUCUCUGAUGAGUCAAUCAUUUUACAUGCACAGUAUUUGGAAAACUAUCAAACCAGCAAACAAUGCUCAUGCUUUAAGCAUUCACCCCUAAAAAUGAAGUAUUCUCAGAUAGGGUAAGGAUUGUUGAAAUGUCAAUAAACUGCUAUGCCGGACAAACUAAAUGGAGAGGAAGAGAGCUCUAAAGGGAACACACAGCAAGUUGAAUGUAAGCUCAGCUUCAGGACAAUUUGUACUCGGUCUGACAGUUAUAGUGACAUUUGAGUGGCAUGUUAUCAGACAGAUUGGCAGAAGAUAGUUUUAAUCUUCAAAAGGUUCAGGGUGACACCAUCACUGUCAUACAGCCAAUGUGAAUGGAAUUCAUUAAUUCAUAGAUGAUUGAGUGGUAAAGCAACCUUUCUUCUCUACAGGUUUUGGCCUCUCUUUCAACCUACAGCCUUCCCUUACAAUCAUAGGAAAGUACUUCCAGGUGAAAAGGCCAAUGGCAAACGGCCUGGCCAUGGCAGGAAGUCCAGUAUUCCUCUCCACUCUGGCGCCACUCAAUCAGUUCCUGUUUGAUAACUUUGGAUGGAGGGGAGCCUUUAUGAUCCUGGGAGCCAUAGUGAUGAACUGCUGCGUUGCUGGGGCCCUGAUGAGACCCGUUAACAUGAAAACAGUCCAAAAAGAUCCUGUCACAGCCUCCAAUGGAACAACCCCCGAGAAGGCUGGGUCCACUGAGGACAACGCUAACCCUGAGGCAGGAGGCCUUCUAACUGAAACAGAGCAGAAUCAGAAGAUGGGUGGCUGUGUAGACAAAUGUAUAGAUCUCUCUCUCUUUAAAAACAGAGGCUUCAUCAUCUACCUCAUAGGCAAUGUGGUCAUGUUUUUUGGCUUCUUUGCUCCAGUGGUCUUCCUCCCCUCAUAUGCCAAAGGUAUUGGGAUUGAUAACUACCAGGCCGCCUUCCUUCUCUCCAUCUUUGCCUUCGUGGACAUGUUUGCCAGGCCAGGGACUGGCCUCAUCGCCAACACCAAAUGGAUCAGGCCCAGGAUCCAGUACUUCUUCAGUUUCUCUGUGGCAUACAACGGUGUGUGUCACCUCCUCUGCCCGUUCCUUGCGGGAUACCUGGGGUACGCAGGCCUGGUGGUUUAUGCUGUAUUCUUUGGUGUGGCGUUUGGCAUGGUGUGUGCUCUGCUCUUUGAGGUCCUGAUGGAUCUGGUGGGAGCACAGCGGUUCUCAAGCGCAGUAGGACUGGUCACCAUCAUCGAGUGUGGCCCUGUGCUUCUGGGUCCCCCAAUUUCAGGUGAGUGAAGGAAAUGUAUUCAUACAUUUUAAAGACCUCUGUGUCUAUAUUUUGUACCUGGUAUACAUUGUGUGUUGAAAACUCUAAGCAUUGUAGUCCAAUUGGUGUAAGGGGAAUUGAUAGCAAAGAGCUGGCCAUGGAGGUCAUUCAAUAAGUGCCUGCUACUCUCUCUGCAGGGUUUUUGGUGGAUGUCUUUGAUGACUACAAAUACAUGUAUUGGGCAUGUGGUGUCAUGAUGCUGGCACCUGGCAUCUUUCUCUUCAUCAUGAACUACUUCAAUUACAAACUACUGGACCAAGAGGAGAGGAAGAGACAGAGUGGAGCCAUUGGGAUGCAGUCUGUUAAGCGGUCCGUAGCGGAGGAGCAAGGGAGAAGGAGAUGAAAAUGAGCAAGAAUGAGGGGACAAGGGACUACACCUUUUAAUGUUAGAUAUGGUUUAUUAAUGGGUUAAUGUUGAUGUGUAUAUUUCAGACCUGGGUUCAAAUACUAUU